AAUCGUGGCUGAACGACCAACUUACAUUAAAGACUCAAAUUUGCAAACUUUCUUAAACCAAAUUUCACAUUAACUUCGCAAAAAAAAUUAUGAUGCUCCUUUAGUUUUGGAUAAUCAAAAGCUCAUUCUUUCUGGGAAUGGAGCUUCUGGCUACUUCAUCUGCCUCCUUAUUCAGUGCCAAAUUCAGGUGCUUACCCUCUCUGACUAAGAGCAGAACCAACCACUUGUUUGUAACCCAAUUCAAUGGCCGAACCAAGCUCCGAUUUGGUGGGAGUAGAGCCAUGGUCUCUGCGGUGUGGGAUGGCUAUGCCGGGUCAGAAAGUUUCAGAGCUAAUAACACCUCCAACAAAAGCAGCUAUAGUCUAAAUUUCACUCAAAUAGAUUCUUGCCUGGUAAUACCUCCGCCCAGUGGAGUGGAGCCCAGGGCAAUCAUCAAAUUCUUGGGAGGGGCCUUUUUGGGAGCUGUUCCUGAACUUACAUACAGCUAUGUCAUCGAGCUAUUGGCUAAGGAAGGGUAUCUUAUUAUAUCAGUGCCUUACAAUGUGACUUUUGACCAUGCCGAUGCUGCUAAACAAGUUUAUGAGAGAUUCAAUGCCUGCUUGGAUUCCAUCUUGGUCUCUGGGCUUCCUCAAUCAAAUCUAACUCCUGUCCAGCUUUCUGAGCUUCCUCUUUUCUCCGUUGGCCAUAGUAAUGGUGCAUUGCUCCAAAUACUCACAGGAAGCUAUUUUGCUGAAAAGAUUCCAAAGGCCAAUGCCAUUAUUUCAUACAACAACAAGUCAGCUACAGAGGCAGUCCCAUACUUUGAACAGCUGGGUCCUCUAGUUAGACAGAUGAUGCCGGUUGUAGAAGCAUCUCCAGUUUAUUCAAUGGCUAGAAGUGCCUCUGGGGACGCAUGGAAGGUGUUGCUUGAUGCAGCUGGAACUAUAAUACCAGCUAAUGAUCAGCAAACUUUAAACUCUGUGACAAAGUUUGUUGAUCAGUUGCCCUCAGUGUUUGGUGAGGUCACUCAAGGGAUAUCAGAGUUCAAGCCGUCACCCUCAGAAAAUCGCAAUCGAUGCAAGAACUCGUACAAUGUCAAGCACACCCUACUUGUGAAAUUCAAUUUUGACACAAUUGAUGAGACAGAUCUUCUUGAGGAAACAUUGAAACCUCGAGUGGAGUCGAUUGGUGGGACACUAGAGAAAGUUGAACUGAGUGGUAACCAUAUCACACCAUGCAUACAGGAGCCAAAGUGGCAAGUAGGUAGCGUGUACACUCCAGCAGAUGCAUUAGCUCAGGGUCUUAAGACCCUUUCCUUGAAUGACUGUAGAGUCCUCGUCAGAACCAUUAGUGACUGGUUCAGAAAACUCGAAGAUUGAAGCCUUGAGUUCCCAUUAAAGUACUGUAGCUUUGUCUGGUAUUCACUCUUUGUUUCAGGUUUUAGAACAACAAAACUGCAUGUAUAUACAUAAAUAUAUACAACAUGGAGUUAAAACAA